AUGACAGCCAAUCAGAGAGCAGCACCCUUCAUUGCUAUGGUACGAGGUGAAGCUGAUGAUGAGGAGGAGUCAGGUGUGAGGAGGUUUGUGGUGGCUCACCUGCUGGUCAGGUGCAGCAGAUCACACCUGACCACACCUGCUGGGAUGUUGGCUGUGGUCAGAGACCCCUCAGUGCGAUGGGUGGAGCUACAUGGCGCCCCCCUCUCUCACUUACUGCUGGACCCGGGGACAGGGCGUCUGUAUGUAGGCGGGGUUGACCACCUUUACCAGUUGACAUCUGACCUGGAAGUGAUGUCACAUGUUAGGACCGGCCCUCACUUGGACUCCCCGGACUGCCUGCCCCCCAUUGUCCCUCAGGACUGUCCCUCAGCUGUACCCACACACAACCACAACAAACUGCUGCUGAUGGAGGCGGGGCAGGGAGCGGAGCCAGGGAGUUUGAUCGUCUGUGGUUCACUCUAUCAGGGCAUCUGUGAUAAAAGGAGUCUGUCCAAUAUCUCUCAGCUCAUCUAUCAGACGUCUAACCCCGUAGACACUCAGUACGUCGCCGCCAACGACCCCCGGGUCUCCACUGUCGCUGUGGUAGUAACCAUAGAGAACAAACAGGAAGUGAACGGCGUGCUGCGUCUCAUGCUGGUUGGUCGAGGCUACACCAGUAAAGGUCCCGGUGACAUCCCACCAAUCACGACGCGGCGUCUGUUCCCGGUGGUCCCACCUCGCCGGGCGUUCUCUCAGGAGGAGGAGCUGGGGAAACUUGUCGUAGGAAGUUACUCUGAGUACAACAACCACUUUGUGAAGGCUGUUGCCCACGGUGAACACGUCUACUUCCUGUUCUCGAGGCGGGACAUGUGGCACAAGAAGGAGUACCGGACCUAUGCCUCCCGCCUCUGCACCUCUGACCGCAGUUUCUACUCAUAUGUGGAGGUGCCACUGCUGUGCCACGGUGGAUACAACCUGGCUCAGGGGGCGUGGUUAGGAAACCACUCAGGUGAACCCGCCCUGUUUGUCGUCAUGGCAGUGGGGCAGGCGUCCACACCUGUAGCGACUGGUCGAUCUGCACUGUGUGUUUUUGGGAUGGCAAAGCUGGACGCCAUGCUGCGACAGGCACAGGAAGUGUGUUACACAGAGGGAGGACGAGGCAGCAGCGGACAGGAAGAAGCCUACAUCGAGUACGCCGUGUCAUCGAAAUGUCUCAAACUACCAAAGGUCUCUCUCUCUGAGUACCCCUGUGGGGGGGAACACACGCCGAACCCCAUCGCCAGUGCUGUGCCACUCCCGGCCACGCCCACCUUUACCUCCACCACCCAGCUGACCGCCGUCACCACGGCUACAGAGGCGGGACACACCAUCACCUUCCUGGGAGACAGAGAGGGACAACUGCACAAGGUGUUGGUGCGCACUGACUGGUCAGGUGAUCUGUAUGGCAGUGUGUUAGUGAACAGCGGCAGCGCCGUCAGUGCUGACCUCCUAUUGGACGAGAGCCAGCAGUACAUUUAUGUUUUAACCAGCAGCAGGUUGUCAAAGGUUCCUGUGUCGUCAUGUGAGAGACAGACAGACUGUCAGUCCUGUCUCGCCGUCAGAGAUCCAUACUGUGGCUGGUGUGUUCUGGAGGGAAGAUGUUCCCGUAAACAUCAGUGUCAGCGUCACCUUCAGUCCAAUCACUGGCUCUGGAGCUUCGAACCAACCAAUCAGUGUGUGACAGUACAGAGCCUGCAGCCGGCCAAUCAGAGCAAAGAUGAGCAGACCCAGGUAACGCUGUCAGUCAUCCAACUUCCCACCCUCACUGAGGCCGAGUCUCUGUCCUGUGCCUUUGGGCUCCUCCCACCUCAGCCAGCUAUUGUCAUGGGAACCAGCAUCACCUGUCAAUCACCUGCACCGGAGCUCCUGCCACCCAUGCCCGCAGGAAGUGAUCACAUGAUCCUGCCUGUGUCACUGAGGUUCAGUCACGUGACCAUCACCACAGGUCACAUGACCUUCUAUGACUGUGGAGCAGUGAGCCGACUCAACCAGAGCUCCCAGUGUCUGGCCUGUGUCAGCAGUGUGUGGAAGUGUAACUGGUGUCCUCUGGAUCAACUCUGCACUCACAACCACAGCUGUCCCAACCAACACAUCAUCCUGAACCAGAGAGACUCUCCUGGUCCCUGUCCCCUGGUGUUCUCCCUGCAGAGUUCUGCCUUAGUGCCGAUGGGCCUGAGCACCACUGUGGUGUUAGAGGGACGAAACCUGGACAUCUACACCGAUGAAGCUCAGUACCUGUGUGUUGUGGAAAUCCAAGGAGUCCAGAUCAACCUGACAGCUGCUGUGGAGAAAUCACAUGACAACACACACACCUUCACCUGCAGCCCACACCAGUUUCAGUAUGCAGUCAGUCAGCUUCAGUAUUCUGCCCCCGUCUACCUGCGAAAAGGAGAGAGACGCAUUGAUGCCUCACCUGGCCUCCGACUCCAGUUGUACGACUGCUCAGCUGGCCAAUCAGAUUGCUCGCAGUGCAGGGCGGUACCUGAGGAGUAUGGCUGCGUGUGGUGUCCGGGAAGCCCCACCCCCAGCUGUGUUUACAACCAAUCAUGUACUGGCAUACCUGAAGACACCUGCCCACCUCCUCAGAUCACUCAGGUGUUACCUCUCUCUGGUCCUCUCGAGGGUGGAGUCUUGGUAACAAUCAUAGGGUCAAAUCUGGGGAUGAGGUACCAGGAUGUGGUGGAUGGAGUCACAGUGGCAGGUGUUCAGUGUCUGCCCCAAUCUGUAGGAUACCAGAUCUCCACCAGGGUUGUGUGUGAGCUGCAGCCCAGUGGGAAGCAGAGAGAGGGACCUAUCCUGGUUACCGUGGGAACAACCCCACCUGGGAGGUCAACGCAGAUCUUCACCUAUCAGGACCCUCAGCUCCUGGAUCUGGUUCCUAAUAAAGGUCCAGUCUCUGGAGGAACCAGACUGACCAUCAGAGGAUGGCAGCUGCUGACUGGACAGACGUCUGACCUGAGCGCCUUCGUGGGUCCACAGCCCUGUUACAUUGUGGAGGAGGUGAAUGACACCCAGUUGGUGUGUCAGACUGGUGCCAGUACUCAGACUGGUGGAGUCACAGUUCGGGUUUUGUUCGGUAAAGCAGAGCGGAUUGUUCCCAACGUUACCUUCCGUUACCUUGAUGACCCCGUCAUCACUGACGCCACACCUUCAGAGAGCUUCUAUGCAGGGGGGCGCAUCGUCAUGGUGACAGGCAGGAACCUGGAUGUGGUCCAGCAGCCAAUCAUAUCUGUGUGGGUGGAGCCUCUGGAGGUCCAGAGGGUGAAACGGAGAAGACGAUUGGCUCUCCUCACCGCCAAGCAGCAGCUGGUCUUCAACAGCACCAUGACAACGGUAUCGGAGCACUGUUCGGUCCUUUCAUCCUCUCAGAUGACCUGUCCAACCCCCACAGUGACCCCAGAGGUCAAAGUAAAAAGUGUCUGGUUUCAACUGGACAACGUCAGAGUACACUACGAGAGCAUCAAGGGUAAAAGCUUCACUUAUUAUCCAAACCCAGAGUUUUUUCAUCUGAAUCGAGAAGCUCCAGAUGCUCCGUAUCGUUUCAAACCGGGAGGAGUGAUCGCUGUGGAGGGUCAGGACUUGACCAGAGCCAUGUCCAGACAGGAAGUAACCGCUCGUCUUGGAGAUCAGGAGUGUGAGGUGAAAACUCUGGACAACACACACCUGUACUGUGAACCUCCAGAGAUCCAACCAAUGAGUGUGGACGACAGCAACGACCUGCCAAGUCUCAAGGUGUUUAUGGGAAACCUGCAGGUGGACCUGGGAAUGGUUCAGUACGACAGUGACUCUCUGCUGUCUCCCGUUCCAUUGGCUGCUCAGAUCGGUUUGGGGGCAGGAACAGGUGUAAUCAUCCUGUCAGUGCUAGUGGUCAUCCUGAUGUACAGGAGGAAGAGUAAACAGGCGCUCAGAGAUUAUAAGAAGGUUUUGCUGCAGUUGGAAACUCUGGAAAUCAAUGUUGGAGAUCAGUGUCGCAAAGAGUUCACUGACCUAAUGACAGAGAUGAUGGACUUGAGCAGUGAUGUUGGAGGACCAGGACUCCCCCUGCUGGACUACAGGACGUAUGCAGAGAGAGUCUUUUUUCCCGGCCAGCAGACGGCACCAUUGAGCCGCCAGCUGGAUCUUCCAGAGUCCAGGAGGCAGACUGUGGAGCAGGGACUCCAGCAGCUCAACAACCUGCUCAACAACAGACUCUUCCUUACUAGAUUCAUCCACACUCUGGAGGCCCAGCAGGGUUUCUCUCAGAGAGACCGGGGUUAUGUUGCCAGUCUGCUCACCAUGGCCCUUCAUGAUAAACUGGAGUACUUCACUGAGGUCAUGAAGAGUCUGUUGCAGGACCUGGUCCAGCAGUAUGUUGCCAAGAACCCCAAACUCAUGCUACGCCGGACAGAGACAGUUGUAGAGAAGAUGUUGACCAACUGGAUGUCAAUCUGCCUCUACUCCUUCCUGAAGGAGGUGGCAGGCGAGCCUCUCUACAUGCUCUACAGAGCUAUAAAGUAUCAGGUAGACAAAGGGCCAGUUGACGCCGUGACAGGAAAAGCCAAACGAACACUUAACGACAGUCACCUGCUGCGAGAGGACAUUGACUACUCUGCUAUGACCCUGACAGUCUUGGUGAAGAACGGAGUUGAGGUUCAGCCGUGUCCUGUUAAAGUGCUCGACACCGACACUAUCACACAGGUGAAGGAUAAGAUCCUGGAUCAAGUCUACAGGGGAGCUCCGUUCUCUCAAAGACCAGCAGCUGAUAGUCUGGACCUGGAGUGGCGUUCAGGUCAGGCGGGUCACCUGACCCUGUCAGAUGAUGAUGUCACAGCAGUGGUUCAGGGUCGCUGGAAACGGAUCAACACGUUGCAGCACUACAAGGUUCCAGACGGUGCGACUGUGGCUCUGAUUCCUCGUUCUCAGAACUCAGGUGGAGUUGGAAUCAAUCAGGUGUUCCAGACUGGAGAGAAAACACCAAUGCUGGAGGGUGAGGAGGAGGAGGGUCUUCGUCUGUGGCACCUGGUGAAGAGCAGCGAAGAUCCUGAAAUUCCAAAACACAGAAAGAGCAGCAUGAGGGAGAGAGAGCGAGCCAAGGCCAUACCUGAGAUUUACCUGACCAGACUGCUGUCCAUGAAGGGGACGCUGCAGAAGUUUGUGGACGAUGUCUUUGUGGCCAUCCUCAGUACGAAGCGUCCUCCUCCAAUUGCCGUAAGAUUCUUCUUUGACUUCCUGGACGACAUGGCUGAGAAACACGGCAUUGACGACCCCGAGACGGUUCACAUCUGGAAGACCAACAGUCUCCCUCUCAGAUUCUGGGUGAACAUCCUGAAGAACCCUCAGUUUGUUUUGGAUGUUCAGGUGACCGACAGCAUCGACGCCGUCCUGUCAGUCAUUGCUCAGACCUUCAUCGACUCCUGCACCACCUCUGAACACAAAGUGGGACGGGACUCUCCUGUCAACAAGCUGCUGUACGCCAGAGAGAUCCCCCGAUACAAACAGCUGGUAGAGAGGUACUACAGUGACAUCCACAGCGCUGCGUCAGGCUGUUACCAGGAGAUGAACUCCACUCUGACUGAACUCUCAGGGAGUUUCGCCUCGGAGAUGAACAGUGUUGUUGCUCUUCAUGAACUCUACAAGUACAUUAACAAAUACUAUGACCAGAUCAUCAUGUCUCUGGAGGAGGACAGUUCGGGUCAGAAGAUGCAGUUGGCCUACCGACUGCAGCAGGUUGCUGCCCUGGUAGAGAACAAGGUCACUGACCUCUGACUCCAUCAACCAGCCCACAGGAAGAACUGGCCUCUGAUGACCUCUGACCCCUGGAGACACUUGGAGCCCCACUGAGGAGGAGGAGAGGAUGAAGAAGCUCCUUCAGCAGCUCUGAGAGACUGAAAUUCUGGAAACCAUCGUACUCCUGUUAACAUUGUGUCUUCCUGCUGUGUGUGUGUGU